CCGGCCCGCGCCCCCGCCUCUCCCCGCGGCCCGCCCGGCCACCUCGCGAUCGCUCCGGAGCCCGCGCCGCCCCCGCGCCCCCGGCCAUGCUGUCCUUCCAGUACCCCGACGUGUACCGCGAUGAAACCGCCGUACAGGAUUAUCAUGGGCAUAAAAUCUGUGACCCUUACGCUUGGCUUGAAGACCCAGACAGCGAGCAGACAAAGGCUUUUGUGGAGGCCCAGAACAAGAUUACUGUGCCAUUUCUUGAGCAGUGUCCUAUCAGAGGUUUAUACAAAGAGAGAAUGACUGAAUUGUAUGACUAUCCCAAGUAUAGUUGCCACUUCAAGAAAGGGAAAAGGUAUUUCUAUUUUUACAAUACAGGUUUGCAGAACCAACGAGUAUUAUAUGUACAGGAUUCCUUAGAGGGUGAAGCCAGAGUGUUCCUUGACCCCAACAUACUCUCCGAUGACGGCACGGUGGCGCUCCGAGGCUAUGCAUUCAGUGAAGAUGGUGAAUAUUUUGCCUAUGGUCUGAGUGCCAGUGGCUCAGAUUGGGUGACGAUCAAGUUCAUGAAAGUCGAUGGUGCCAAAGAGCUUCCAGAUGUGCUCGAAAGAGUCAAGUUCAGCUGUAUGGCCUGGACCCACGAUGGGAAGGGAAUGUUCUACAACGCAUACCCACAACAGGAUGGGAAAAGUGAUGGCACAGAAACAUCCACCAAUCUCCACCAAAAGCUCUGCUACCAUGUCCUGGGGACUGAUCAGUCAGAAGAUAUUUUGUGUGCUGAGUUUCCUGAUGAGCCUAAGUGGAUGGGUGGAGCUGAGUUAUCUGACGACGGUCGCUACGUCUUGUUGUCGAUAAGGGAGGGGUGUGAUCCCGUAAACCGACUCUGGUAUUGUGACCUCCAGCGGGAACCCAGUGGCAUCACCGGAAUCCUGAAGUGGGUGAAGCUGAUCGACAACUUCGAAGGGGAAUAUGACUAUGUAACCAACGAGGGCACGGUGUUCACGUUCAAGACAAAUCGUCAUUCUCCCAACUACCGCCUGAUCAACAUUGACUUCACAGACCCCGAGGAGUCCAGGUGGAAGGUGCUUGUUCCUGAGCACGAGAAAGACGUCUUGGAGUGGGUAGCUUGCGUCAGGUCCAACUUUUUGGUGUUAUGCUACCUCCAUAACGUGAAGAACACUCUGCAGCUUCACGACCUAGCCACCGGUGCUCUCCUCAAGACCUUCCCGCUUGAGGUCGGCAGCGUCGUGGGGUACAGCGGUCAGAAGAAGGACACCGAAAUCUUCUAUCAGUUUACUUCCUUUUUAUCUCCAGGUAUCAUUUAUCACUGUGAUCUGACCAAAGAGGAACUGGAGCCCAGAGUCUUCCGAGAGGUGACUGUGAAAGGAAUCGAUGCUUCCGAUUACCAGACAGUUCAGAUUUUCUACCCUAGCAAGGAUGGUACAAAGAUUCCAAUGUUCAUCGUGCAUAAAAAGGGCAUAAAAUUGGAUGCCUCUCAUCCCGCUUUCCUAUACGGCUACGGCGGCUUCAACAUAUCUAUCACACCUAACUACAGUGUGUCCAGGCUCAUCUUUGUGAGACACAUGGGUGGUGUCCUUGCAGUGGCCAACAUCAGAGGAGGUGGGGAGUACGGAGAGACGUGGCAUAAAGGUGGUAUCUUGGCCAACAAACAAAACUGCUUUGAUGACUUCCAGUGUGCUGCUGAAUAUCUUAUCAAGGAAGGUUACACGUCUCCCAAGAGGCUGACUAUUAAUGGAGGUUCAAAUGGGGGCCUCUUAGUAGCUGCAUGUGCAAAUCAGCGUCCUGACCUCUUUGGUUGUGUUAUUGCCCAAGUUGGAGUAAUGGACAUGCUGAAGUUCCAUAAAUACACUAUUGGUCACGCCUGGACCACUGAUUAUGGGUGCUCAGACAACAAACAACACUUUGAAUGGCUCAUCAAGCUUCCAAAGUGGGAGCAAAGUAAACGACACAGCUCCCCAGCUUCCAGUAGCCCUGGCCAGUCACAGCCUAAACGAUAUUCUCCACUGCACAACGUGAAGCUACCAGAGGCAGACGACAUCCAGUACCCGUCCAUGCUUCUCCUCACUGCGGACCAUGACGACCGCGUGGUCCCACUUCAUUCCCUGAAGUUCAUUGCCACCCUUCAGUACCUGGUGGGCCGCAGUCGGAAGCAGAACAAUCCCCUGCUUAUCCACGUGGACACCAAGGCGGGCCACGGGGCUGGGAAGCCCACGGCCAAAGUAAUAGAAGAAGUGUCAGACAUGUUUGCAUUCAUAGCGCGCUGCCUGAACAUCGACUGGAUUCAGUAAAUGGCAUUUCCCACUGCCUCUGACCGCUGCGGAAAACCUCAAGGGCUCUCACACCAUUAAAACCGAGAAACCACUGGGCGUAAUGCCUCCCCACACGAACACUGUUCCUGCACUCGCGGACUGCAGCUGAACAGAACUGCCGUGGGAAUUUUAUCUUUUCUAGGCUUCUCCUUUUCAGCAGGCCCUUGGCGUUUCUUUUUCCACCCUGUGCGGGCACAUAUUUUAAAAGGAACAAAAGGCAUGUUCGGAUAAAUAGCUAAUGGCAGCCAACACAUUGUGAAUAUUAGAUUGCUGAAUUCAGAGUCAUGGUCAGGCAUACUUCAUAUAGAGCACCUCAGUGAAAUUUGCUUCUAUAACUAUAACCAAUACACCUUUACAUAAAUGUGAGACUUGUUCUCCUGAAAAAGACUUCUUUGCCACAAUAAUAAAUGUUAUUUAAGAAUGA